AGCGGUUGAAGUACCGAUGAUACCUGCACCUAGUAUUACUGUAGUAGCCAUAACGUCGACAUAUCCUUUAAUUAUUUCGUGAACCAAAUUUAAUUUUUAUGAAGUCUGCAAAAGUAAAUUCCAAACAGUAGGUACCUAUAUCAAAGCGAUGCCAGAUGGGUAAUAUAUUUAAUAUGCCAAUAUGUAAAUACCUGUUAAAUGGAAAUGUACUUGUAUACGGAAUAACGACAUCAACAUAUAAUCGGCUAGUGACGUCUGCCCCUCUUAACCCCGCCAGUAGCCGCAGUUCCGAGAAAGGAGAAGAAAAAAAAGAAGACUAAUAAAAUAGAAAAUUGAGUAAUAUACUUCGUAGUUCAACAAGUACCUAUGAACUAGUGGCAUUUACUUGGAAAUAUAAGUCGACAGUAGAGCAGCUCGUUUACCUUUCCAUAUUUCCUUCCAAAGACAGUAUAGCCACCAUGCCAAAAGUAUUUAUCGUUACCGGUGCGAGCCGAGGUCUCGGCUUAGCCGUAGCACAAGCCUUGAUCCAGGCUUCGCACAAGGUGUUUCUGGUUGCCAGGACUGAGAAGGGCAUGCAGACGUUGAAAGCCCAAAAUUCAUCAUCUGUCGAUUUCAUAACAGCAGAUCUAGCAGACCUUAAGGUUGCACCCACAAUCAUCGAAUCGGCGCUUAAAGCGUUUGGCAAGAUUGAUGGUAUCGUCGUCAAUCAUGGCGUCAUAUCUCCUAUCACAAAAAUAUCCGAAUCAAGUGCUGAGGAAUGGAGAAAAGCAUAUGAUAUCAACGUAUUUAGUGCUGUAGCAUUGAUUAAAGAAGCCAUCCCAGAACUUCGAAAGUCAAAGGGUCGGGUUGUCUUUGUCUCUUCUGGAGCUGCGUUUGGCGCAUAUGCGGGAUGGGGCUCUUAUGGUACCUCUAAGGCGGCCCUGACUCACUUUUGCGGACACCUAGCUGUUGAGGAACCUUCUAUUACUAGUAUUGCAAUUUCACCCGGGAAGCUCGAUACUGAUAUGCAGAAAGAAAUAAGAGAAACAGGUAAGGCUGGAAUGGCAUCGGAAGCUUAUCAGAGCUUCGUCGACGAACACGAGAGCGGACGGCUGGUGGAUCCCAAAAAGCCAGGCACUGUCAUAGCCAAGCUGAUCAACAGUGCACCCGGAGAUUUAAGCGGCAAGCAUUUCAGAUGGAACGCGACCGAGCUCGCCGAGUUCCAAGAGAGCUAAUGCAAGGACAACCGGCGGGACAGGCACCAAAACUAUACAAUAAGUCAGCUAGGAUAAACUUUUUUGUUGUACUAGAGCAAGAACAAGAAGAUAGCUUCAGUCGAAAGAUGAAAAGAUUUGGUUGUUUCAACAUUAUGAUUCAGGAGCACGUUAAAUCAUCAUAAGCAGUUAUGUAUAGAAUUUAGAUAUUUGCCAUACCUUACAAGAAUCAUAUUUCGGGUUCCAUAGCCGGUUCAACAAGAUGAAAACCGUGUUCACCUUGGUACCUAGGUAGUUAUAACAAGCAAAUUAGCCUCUUAUAGCUUUCAGCUAACACAGUUAUUGCAUUGUAUAGCGGGAGCGCGGUCGAUCAGAUAGUAAUGGGAUCCGUCAUGUAAAGUCGGUAUUUGAUAGUACUUUAUUAUUUGGCAUCAUAUUCGAAGCUAUAAGAAUAGUUGGUAUGUGUCCAUGUAUAUACCUUUUUUAUAAAAUCAAUGCAACCUGCAAGUCCACUGUUAGUAGAUGAAAGCAGAAAAAUAUCUUAUGCGUAAAUUUUGAAUAGAAUAAACUCAGAUAUGUCGUUUGGCUAGACGUGUCAAUCACCAUAUUGCCAUUAGGCUAUAGU